UUUCGGACAGAAUUGUGAGUUUGGCGAAGAUGUUAAAGACAACUAUUAAGGAGUGCAUUCACAACACAAAUUAAUUUUAUUCCGAUUUUUAUCUUCUGUGUAGGAUUUGUAUCACAGCUUGUGAAUUACUCUAUUUAUUGUAAUCAAUCCCAUUUCUUGUAUGGUCAUUAAGCCCAAAAGACAGUUGAAAUUAUUCUUGACAACAGUAAAUCUUACCUCUGCGACUUCAUCAUUUUGAGAAUUUUUUUACCUUUAAAAUUGUCUCACCAAGUGGCUUCAUUUUCGUUUUAUUCCACAUCACAAAAUUGUCAGUACUUGGUCUGAUUUCGUCUUUCCGCACGUAUUACUCGCAUAUUGUGUUGACAUCAACAGCCCUAUCAAUUUGAAAUCUGACAUCAUAAUUAUUGACUUCCAUCAGAGCAGUAAUUCUUGUACUGUUGACGGUAUUCACAUUCUGCUCACGCUGAUGGCCUUCAAGCGUUUCCUCAUUUUGGUCAUGUUUCUUCAUUUGUCGAACAUAGCUUGCGUUCCUACACUUCACCUGGAAAUGAUUUCUACCAUACACAUACUGGGGAAAAACCUCAUACUUGGGAAAUAUGUGGCAGAAAAUUGACGAGGCCAUGUUAUUUGAAAUUCCAAAUACGAUCCCAUACUGGAGAAAAGCCUUAUGCUUGUGAAAUAUGUGAGAAAGAUUUUGCACGUCGGAAUACUUGAAGAGCCACAUGCGAACACAUAUCAGUUAAAAACUUUGAGCUUGCAAAAAAACCUCAUGAUUGUGAAAUAUGUAAAAAAGAUUUUGCCGGGGUUGGUAACACUCAGAAUUUCCAUAUGAAGCCACAAGCAAAAACUCAUGUCACAAAGGAAUCUUCAUGAAUAAGAAUAAGUAACCAUGGGUGAGAAAUGCGGUCAAAUACAAGAAAACCCUUUACACUUAUGAGAUAAUCGGAAAAUGGAGAAUUUUGCAGAUAAAAGUAGAUAAGCAUUUGUGACCUACUGGAAAUUCGAAGCAAUAAAAAACACACAGAAUUUCUAUUACUAGUUUUCCAUUAACUUAAUAAUCUUGCUUCAAGAGUAAAUAUUCUCGUUGUGAAUAAAUAUGAGCAGGGCAAUUUUUGAAAUCUUGGUCAUCAUAGUGUGGCCAUGUAUCCGCAACGAAUAACUUGUACCUAUUUUCAUACCCAACAUGAACUGGUCACCAUAUUAUGAUUAUAAGGCUGUCACAUCGGCUUCCAGUCCCCACAGGAUAAAUAUGAAAAUCCAAUCCUAUCUACUGGGAAAUCAGUCUCCAAUGUAAGAACCUGUGAAGUUUUCAUUCUAAGGCAGAUAUGUCUACACAAAACGCCUAUACAUUGUUUCGGUUUUCCAAAGGUUGAUUGUUGUAUAUUUUUGUAACUGACGGCACAGCACAACUUUGUCAAACCAUUAUUUCUCUGUGUUACAACUCAAUAAAUUCAUGAUUUGAUUUUACUGUUCGAUGAACUUUGUGUUUUUCAUGAAAAUUGUGUAUUUUAAAUUUUAUGUUUUGUCUGAUUUCCAGGUUGUAGGAAAUAAAUAAUCUAACAACUAAUAAUUUAGUAAAUUCAAUCUGGAGAAAAACCUCAUUCUUGUGAAAUAUGCGAAAAAGAUUUUGCAACUAUAAGUGGCUCGCAAAGACACAUUUGAAUUCAUACUGGAGAAAACUCCUGUGCUUGUGAAAUAUGCGGGGAAGAUUUUGUAUGGUCAGGUAAUUUGCAAACCCACAUACGAACCUAUACUGAAGAAAAACUUAGUGCUUGUGAAUUAUGCGGGAAAGAUUUUGCAAGAUUAGAUUCGUUGAGGCUACACAUAAAAACUCAUAUCGUGUGAAAAUUUUUUUUAUUUUAGUUUAUUCGUCGUCUGAUUUGCUCCAACAUUUUGUCAGGACAAGUUAUUAUACUUUGAAAUGCCACUGACGAAAUAAUGCUUUUGAAACAUUUGACAUAGAGUUUUCAAGGAUCACACAGGAGAAACUUAUAUGAUGUAAAAUUAUUUGGAACUUUUUUCAAUCACUGCCCUAUUUUCUACAGCAUUGGUUACCCUGUUAUGUUUAUUUACCUUUACUGCCUUGGUUGCUAUAGAUAAUUUUUGUUUAUAUAAAUAGAUAGUACGAAGUGUGACCUUAUGCACAAUCAAAGCAAUUGCAAAUUUGCUUUGAAUUCAAUUGUGCUAAUAGUAUAAAGUUCUUAAUGUGGCAUCCUCUCAUAUUGUUUAUAAUUGUGUAUGUGUUGUAUGUACGAUGUAGAUUGAGGUUUCUCAAACUAAACCUUAACAAAGAUAUAGAAUGGACCGAUAGGGACAAUGAGCAAAGGCAUUCACUAUUGAUCGACCAGAAUGACUGCAUUAAUUUGAUGUAAGUCCAUGAAAGUUGCUUAUUAGUUCUUACUAUUGAAUGUGGAUCAUACAACAACUGAUAAUUUUUUAUCCCAAAACUGAAUAUUUUUAUAAAAGAACUCACAUAUGUUGGUCUUUGGAAGGGUCAUGAGAGUUGAUCUAGAUUUCCUGUCCUUCCAUUUUGCCUAUACUGUGCACCACUGAUAAGUCAAUGUAAACACUCAGCUGCUAGCAACCAUUGUUUACAUUCAUCCCAGCAACCUUCCUUAGCAUUCUAUUCAAUGACUAUUACAGUAGAAACUCUACCUACGAACAAUUCUAGAUAUAAAAUAUCCAAUUCUUUUGGUUGAAAUAUUGCUUUGACAAACGUAACGAAAGGCCGUAAAUAAAAAAUGUGUGUAGUGAUAUUUGUUCAUUUUAGGUUAAUUUAAUGCAAAGCUUGAAGCAGGGAUGUCCAAUUCAAAUAUGAGGACUUUCAAAUAUCGUUUUUUGUGUUUAUAAGAAUACAGAAUAUGGCACACACCCUAACCAAAAGCAGACUUGUGCGGCGUGUCAAUAAAUUAAAGCCAACAUGAGAGGGUUUCAAUCAGGGCCAACUUGAUGUUCUUAUAAAGCGUCAAGGAUGUUUUUGAGUGAAAAUAUGUUACGAAUAUUAUCAUAUAUUUUAAUUUUAAAGGGUUUUAAUUAUGGCCGACAUGAAAUAUUUCAAUCAGUGCCCUCGAAAAAUGAUUCUACACCAUCGACUGAUGGAAAUUUGGGAAUUGGGUUUACUCAGUUGAUAAUGAGGCCGCGUAAUAACAUUUGCGCUUUCCUGAAUUAAUGAUUGAUUCCAUGACCAAAAUUAAUAGUCUGUGGUAGCUGCUCUGAAGACCACCGAGCAACUAGUUGUUAUCACAUUGGCCAGUUUGUUUCCCACAGUUUUCAUUGCAUUCUCUCAAUUCCUCCGACCACUAACCACGGUCUGUCUUCGCUUAGUCAGCAAGCGCUGAAGGAAAAAAAAAGGUUCAUAGUUUUUAUUCAUUAUUUUCUGAUUUUUCUUCUUUCCCUUUGUACAUUUUCAAUUUAAUAUGCAGUAAGUUAGUUUUGGCGUGUAUUUGUUACAGGUUUUAAUCAUUCUUAUAAUUUAUACAAAUAUUAUGUCCUAGUUUUGUGGGAGCUUGGAACGAAUAAGGGCAUUUACAGGUAAAAUAUAUCCCCCCUUUCAUUUUCUACUUUGUCCGGAACGAAUUAAUUUUGCAGGUAGGGCAGGGUGGUCCAAGGUUGUUGCCUAUACGGGCCACAAACGCGUCAGAAAUAGGUAAAAAGGGCAAUGCACAACAGAGACUCUAAAAGCGAAAUCCAUUAAAAUUUGGAAAUGCUCAUUGCUCCCAUGAUAGCAAAAUGCAGUUUUAGAUUAUAUUUUCCAUAACUGCAGAUUGAUUGAUUCUCAAAUUUUACCAAAUGUAAGGUGCAGGAGAGUAAUUAUUAAUUUUUCUGACAUAUCAGACGCAUUUUUUGUAAUACUGUAUAAGCUGGUUUCAAAACAUUACCGGACGGAAUUAUAUUCUCAUGCCAUAACAUUAAUUAAUUUAGUUAUUAUGUUUACAUAUAUUCCCAACCAAAAAGAUAGAUAGUCAGUGAACAAUUUGGACUUCCCAAGCACACUAUUCAACUUUGCUUUGGCUAGCCGUGAUACUAGUCGAUUUAGUGACAUUAGGGAUGUAACAAGAUAUCGGAAAGAUUUUCUGAUUAUUUUUAUGACGAAACAACACCAAAUGACGCUGCGGCAUGUCCUGGGUUUGGACCAUCCUGAGGUAGAAUUUCUAAUGUAAUAUUAUUUUUCUUUCAUACUUUUGUUUAGACCAGUAAGGUUUUGAUUUUGUCUUUAUUAGACAAGGAAUAACAACACAACUAAUCUUUGAAUAAUACUGGGAACAACUGAUAAGAAAUUUCAUAUGGAUGAAUCUUAUGAUUGUGAAAUAUGUGGGAAAGAAUUUGCCAGGACAGAUGAUUUGAAAAAGCAUAUGCGAAUCCAUACUAGAGAAAAACUUUAUGCUCGUGAAAUAUGUGGAAAAGGUUUUGCCCUGAAAAGUAGUUUGAAAAUACACAUGCGAACGCAUACUGGAGAAAUACUUCUUACUUGUGAAAUAUGUGGGAGAGAUUUUACAACACUUUGUCAAUUGAAAAUGCACAUGCGAAUCCAUACCGGAGAAAAACCUUAUGCUUGUGAAAUAUGUGGAGAAGAUUUUGCCAGGACAAGUGAUUUGAAAAAACAUAUGGGAAUCCAUACUGGAGAAAAACCUUAUGCUUGUGAAAUAUGUGGGAAAAGUUUUGCCCGGAAAAUUAAUUUGAAAAUACACAAGCGAACGCAUACAGGAGAAAAACCUCAUGCUUGUGAAAUAUGUGGGAAAGAUUUUGCCAGGAAGGAUGAUUUGAAAAAACAUAUGGGAAUCUUUACUGGAGAAAAACCUUAUGCUUGUGAUAUAUGUGGGAAAGGUUUUGCCUGGAAAAGUAAUUUAAAAAUACACAAGCGAACCCAUGCAAAAGAAAAACCUCAUGCUUGUGAAAUAUGUGGGAAAGAUUUUACAGCACUUUGUCAUUUGAAAAUACACAUGCGAACGCAUACUGGAGAAAAACCUCAUGCUUGUGAAAUAUGUGGGAUAGUCUGUGCCCAAAAAAAUAAUUUGAAAAUACACAUGCGAACGCAUACAGGAGAAAAACCUUAUGCUUGUGAAAUAUGUGGGAAAAAUUUUGCCAGGACAGGUGAUUUGAAAAAGCAUAUGCAAAUCCAUACUGGAGAAAAACCUUAUGCUUGUGAAAUAUGUGGAAAUGAUUUUACAACACUUUUUCAUUUGAAAAUGCACAUGCGAAUCCAUACUGGAGAAAAACCUUAUCCUUGUGAAAUAUGUGGGAAAGAUUUUGCCAGGUCAAGUGAUAUGAAAAAACAUAUGCGAAUCCAUACUGGAGAAAAACCUUAUGCUUGUGAAAUAUGUGGGAAAGAUUUUGCCAGGUCAGGUGAUAUGAAAAAACAUAUGCGAAUCCAUACUGGGGAAAAACCUUAUCCUUGUAAAAUAUGUGGGAAAGAUUUUACAGCAUUUGGUCACUUGAAAAUGCACAUGCGAACACAUACUGGAGAAAAACCUCAUGCCUGUGAAAUAUGUGGGAAAGAUUUUGCCCAGAAAAGUAAUUUGAAAAUACACAUGCGAACACAUACUGGAGAAAAACCUCAUGCUUGUGAAAUAUGUGGGAUAGUCUGUGCCCAAAAAAAUAAUUUGAAAAUACACAUGCGAACGCAUACAGGAGAAAAACCUUAUGCUUGUGAAAUAUGUGGGAAAAAUUUUACAACACUUUGGCAUUUGAAAAUACACAUGCGAACGCAUACUGGAGAAAAACCUCAUGCUUGUGAAAUAUGUGGGAUAGUCUGUGCCCAAAAAAAUAAUUUGAAAAUACACAUGCGAACGCAUACAGGAGAAAAACCUUAUGCUUGUGAAAUAUGUGGGAAAAAUUUUGCCAGGACAGGUGAUUUGAAAAAGCAUAUACAAACCCAUACUGGAGAAAAACCUUAUGCUUGUGAAAUAUGUGGAAAUGAUUUUACAACACUUUUUCAUUUGAAAAUGCACAUGCGAAUCCAUACUGGAGAAAAACCUUAUCCUUGUGAAAUAUGUGGGAAAGAUUUUGCCAGGUCAAGUGAUAUGAAAAAACAUAUGCGAAUCCAUACUGGAGAAAAACCUUAUUGUGAAAUAUGUGGGAAAGAUUUUGCCAGGUCAGGUGAUAUGAAAAAACAUAUGCGAAUCCAUACUGGGGAAAAACCUUAUCCUUGUAAAAUAUGUGGGAAAGAUUUUACAGCAUUUGGUCACUUGAAAAUGCACAUGCGAACACAUACUGGAGAAAAACCUCAUGCCUGUGGAAUAUGUGGGAAAGAUUUUGCCCAGAAAAGUAAUUUGAAAAUACACAUGCGAACACAUACUGGAGAAAAACCUCAUGCCUGUGAAAUAUGUGGGAAAGAUUUUGCCCAGAAAAGUUAUUUGAAAAUACACAUGCGAACACAUACUGGAGAAAAACCUCAUGCCUGUGAAAUAUGUGGGAAAGAUUUUGCCCAGAAAAGUCAUUUGAAAAUACACAUGCAAACCCAUACUGGUGAAAAACCACAUGUAAAAUGUUGCCAGGACAGAAAAAAGUCUUAUGCUUGUGAAAUAUAUGGAAAAGAUUUUACGAGAUUGGAUAUUCUAAAACGACAUAAUCUAAUCUAUACUCACACGGUACCUUAUGCUUGUGAAAUAUGUCGAAAAGAUUUUGCAUGGUCAAGUAAUUCGGAAUGCCACAUGCGAACACAUACUGAAAAAAACCUCAUGCUUGUAAAAACAACUGAUAAGAAAUUUCAUAUGGAUGAAUCUCAUGCUUGUGAAAUAUGUGGAAAAGAAUUUGUCAGGACAGAUGAUUGGAAAAAGCAUAUGCGAAUCCAUACUGGAGAAAAACUUUAUGCUUGUGAAAUAUGUGGGAACUCUUUUGCCAGGACAGAUGAUUUGAAAAAGCAUAUGCGAAUCCAUACUGGAGAAAAACCUUAUGCUUGUGAAAUAUGUGGGAAAGGUUUUGCCAGGACAGGUAGUGUGAAAAAGCAUAUGCGAAUCCAUACUGGAGAAAAACCUUAUGCUUGUGAAAUAUGUGGGAAAUAUUUUGCCCUGAAAGGUUAUUUGAAAACACACAUGCGAACGCAUACUGGAGAAAAACCUCAUGCUUGUGAAGUAUGUGGGAAAGAUUUCACAACACUUGGUCAUUUGAAAAAGCAUAUGCGAAUCCAUACUGGAGAAAAACCUUAUGCUUGUGAAAUAUGUGGGAAAGAUUUUGCCAGGACAGGUAGUGUGAAAAAGCAUAUGCGAAUCCAUACUGGAGAAAAACCUUAUGCUUGUGAAAUAUGUGGGAAAAAUUUUGCCAGGACAGGUGAUUUGAAAAUGCAUAUGCAAAUCCAUACUGGAGAAAAACCCCAUGCUUGUGAAAUAUGUGGGAAAGAUUUUACAACACUUUUUCAUUUGAAAAUGCACAUGCGAAUCCAUACUGGAGAAAAACCUUAUGCUUGUGAAAUAUGUGGGAAAGAUUUUGCCAGGACAGGUAAUUUGAAAAGACAUAUGCGAAUCCAUACUGGAGAAAAACCUUAUGCUUGUGAAAUAUGUGGGAAAGAUUUUGCCCAGAUAAGUUAUUUGAAAAUACACAUGCGAACACAUACUGGAGAAAAACCUCAUGCUUGCGAAAUAUGUGGGAAAGAUUUUACAACAUUUGGUCACUUGCAAAUGCACAUACGAACACAUACUGGAGAAAAACCUCAUGCCUGUGAAAUAUGUGGGAAAGAUUUUGCCCAGAAAAGUUAUUUGAAAAUACACAUGCGAACACAUACUGGAGAAAACCUCAUGCUUGCAAAAUAUGUGGGAAAGAUUUUGCCCAGAAAAGUAAUUUGAAAAUACACAUGCAAACCCAUACUGGUGAAAAACCACAUGUAAAAUGUUGCCAGGACAGUUAAUUUGAAAAUACAUAUUCGAAUUCAUUAUGUUUUAAAAAAAAUUUCAAAUUGGAAAUUUCCAUGCAAUGAGUUUUGAAACAGUCUUCAUGAUUACAACGUCUCUCUAUAUUAAUUUAUGUUCAACGUAGGCUCAAUUUCACGUCUGAUUUGUGUUUGUUAAAAGUGUUUGUUUUGUGUCUUGGUACUAUUGUGGCCCGUGAUCAAUGCAAAAAUAUUUUUAGGGCCCCAAAGCUGACAACCUUGAAACUUGUCGUAAGAAUGUUACACCGACAAAAUGGGUAAAAACCACUGCUGUAGAAAUAAUUAUGUGCUGGACAAUUUCUGAAUGCCUCUUACUGGUAGCUGGGUGAGAUGCGGUGGUUCAUAUGAUUAAUUAGGCAGUCAUAUCAUCUUUCUCUCCCCACAGGUUAGAUAUGAGAAUCCUAUCUACUGAAUGCAUCAGUCCCAAAAG